CCUUCUUUAAGCCUCUUUUCAGCCUGAGUCCUAAACCUGAAGAAGCUACAGCCUGGAGCGCUAAACUUCAUGAAUCUUUCCAAACGACAAGCCAAGAAGACCUGUUGAAAGUUUCCUCUUGAGUUUCGUGGAGAGAAUCUCAGGUCUAGAAAUAUCCUUACUGCCACCUGACCUGAAGCAGAAGAAAUCACUGACAGCUUCCAGACCAGGCCCAACAUGUGUAGCACCAGUGCGUGUGACCUGGAAGAAAUCCCCCUAGAUGAUGAUGACCUAAACACCAUAGAAUUCAAAAUCCUCGCCUACUACGCCAGACACCAUGUCUUCAAGAGCACCCCUGCUCUCUUCUCGCCAAAGCUGCUGAGAACAAGAAGUUUGUCCCAGAGGGGCCUGGGGAAUUGGUCAGCAAAUGAGUCAUGGACACAGGUGUCAUGGCCUUGCAGAAAUUCCCAAUCCAGUGAGAAGGCCAUCAACCUUGGCAAGAAAAAGUCUUCUUGGAAAGCACUCUUUGGAGUAGUGGAGAAGGAAGAUUCGCAGAGCUCGCCUGCCAAGAUCUCUGCUCAGGGUCAAAGGACAUUGGAAUACCAAGGUUCGCACAGCCAGCAGUGGUCCAGGUCUCUUUCCAGCGUGGAGCAGUGCUUGGAGCAUGAAGGUAGGCAUCUGGGAUUUAUUUCUCUCCCGCAUCCUAGUUUUUCCCUUCUUUGAGUCCAGAGUGGUACAUCUCUUCUCAUCUUGUAAAGUGGCUUUAGAGAGGGCACGCAUUAUAUCUCAGCUUUCCAACUGAUUAGUGUUCAAUCCUAAUUGCCCUGCUUUUCUCAAGACUAAAAGGAGAAUGAUGGAACUUAAGGGUGAUGGGACUGGUUUUCUUUCUUCACGGUCUAUAAAUCAGCUUGUCUCCCAAAUUCCUAAUCCUCUGUACUAGAUACUCAUAUAAAAGAAGGAGGCCAGGCACAGUGACUCACGCCUGUAAUCCCAGCACUUUGGGAGG